CGAUCAAGGUGGCAGCUUGGAUGGCUGAGACUUCGUUGUUUGCACCGUAAGUAAAUGGGGUUCUUGCCAAACAUAACCUAUUCUAUUAAAGUUAAGAACGUGCCUUCCCGUACAGGAAGGCACGUUCUCAUACAGUAAUUUUUUCUUCUAGUAGGUUGGAUUGGGUAGGAACGACCGUAACUGCCUUCAUAACAUCAUAUUUCUUUCAUUUCUGUUGUCAGCGACGUCCUUAUUCCCUAAACAUAUUUUCCCACUCUCUUCAAGAAUUCUUAACUUUCUUUCUUGUUGAAAGCUUUAAGCUGACAAUAUUCUCAUCAUGGCGGGCCCUAUUCCGAAGAUAUCAAUUACGGACGUCGCAGGCACCGAGAUCAGUCAUGAUGGGGAUGCCGACGACGAGUAUUUUGAGACACAAGAAGAAGAAGAAGGCUUGUCCCCGCAAAGUACGAGUACUUUCACGCAGGUGAUAGUUUCCGAGGAAGUGACAGCUGCAGAAGGUUCUGGUCAAGUCACUGGUCAGAUCACAGGCCGUGUUGCUGAGGUGGAAACUAAGGUGGAAGCUGAAGCUACGAAACCAACCAGAGAUAGCAGGAGGAAGCAAUCUACUUCGCGGAAAGUUAAAGUUUCACAAGCUACCGGCACUAUUACUGGGAAAUUGCCCAAUUCCAAAGAUGCGAAACAAGUUAAGGUUUCUGGCCAGGUCACUGAAGUGACCGCUACUGAAGAAUUGACGGACGCCUCCGGGCCAGGCGUUGGACCAUCCACGCCUCGGAAUAUCCGGUCAAUCAAAAAGGCCAUAUCAGCGGUGUUUGACGGGUCGCCUUUCAGAAGCUCAUUGUCAAAUAAUGAGGGAAAGCCUCUCUUUAAGGACUCCGGGGAGUUGAAUAGCUCAAAUAACUCCACGCCUAAACCAAAGCCAGUAUCUCGAACUGCCGCAGAUCCUCCUCGUUCUCCUAUGCUCGGUUACGAAUGGGUUUGGUUCCCUGAAGGGUAUUGGGCAGAGCGCGAACUUAUUACACGGCCCACGAAAAACUUCCGUCCUCCAAAAUGGGUUCGGAAGUCCUUACAAGGGAGCGGCGCGAGCACAUUUGGCAGCCCCGCACCUUCAGCACCGCGUUCAUUGAAUGCGUCUGAGGUUUGGGCAAGGAAUCCGGCUGAUAUGGAAGAUGAAGAGGAUGGGGAAGCGGAGGGCGACGGUCCCCAGGCAAGACGGGCAAUCUCUCCCCGAGGAAUAAUAAACUCCGAUAAGGGAACUCCCACGCCAAAGGCUCUUUUGCGAAAGUUGCAGCAAAUAUCACUUAGUAGGAAGGCAUCAACGUCAGGGAAAGGAAAGGGGCCAGAAGAAUCAAGGCCUGAAUCGCCGCCAGUUGAUUUGGAACGCCAAACAACGAACACGCUCCGAGGGACAUCUCGCUUCUUUUCGCAGUUUCUAGCUACGAAAAAGCAAAACGAGCGAGCGAUGCACCCACUGAGCCCAAACGAGCACUCGCUAAGGUUGCCUCGAAAACGCUUUGGUUUGGCUCCCUGGCACCAAAAUGAUUCUGGCGACACGGUUGGGGCCGCUACCGCCACCAGUUCCAUAAGAGAGCUAUUGUUUGGGAAGACACCUGUUUCUACUCCUCGGUCAGAUGCCCCUCCCGCUGAGCCCAGGCCCGAUCAAUAUUUUGGAGUUGAAGUGCCUGGCACACGCACUGUUGAUGAUGAGGAUCAGGAUGCCCAGUAUAAUACACCGCGAUCACCUAGCCAAGGAAGCCCUGGAAGAAGACGACAGUCGUCUGCCGUCGGUUCCCCACUUACACAAGCUGGAAGCAGCGGACCAUCUCGCCUGUCCAAGCCCGACUCAGGGAGCGCCUUGGUUGGUGAGAUAUCAAAAACAGAAAGCGAGAAGUCGCGGGACAGAGAGAGAGAACUUGCAAACCGAGGUUUACCCAGCCCAUCCGAACGAGGAAAUUAUGCCAAUGAACUCAAAAAUCACCCCGAAUCUAGUCCACUCUGUCCGUUGCACGCCAGCUAUACGGCGUCUGCUAAGGGAUAUUGUCCCUACCACCCAUCGUAAAAUUCCUGGAUACAGGGGGUGCUGCUUGCUGUGCAAAAGCUUGUUUGAGAGCUGUGACUAGGGUGGCAUGAGAGAUAAUAGAUGGGAGAAAUAGACAGUGAGGAUGCUAGUGCUCAAAAGAAUAGAAAUGGGGGGAUUGGGAAAAGAUGAGAUUGCAAUCACGGCGAUAACUUCUGGG